GGGCUGACGUGGGUGGGCUACGGGACUCUGAGCUACCCGACUGUUCUCCUCUUCAAGAGCUCCAAGAUCAUCGUCGUCAUGCUCUCCGGGCUGAUCAUCCUCAAAAAGCGGUUUGCUGCUGCUGAGUACGCAGCCGCCUCCCUCGCGGUCGCAGGAUUGUACAUGUUCUCCGCUGCCGACAAGAUCAGGGACAAGACGGAGGGGACGGAUACGGUGGGAGGGAUUGGGAUGAUGCUGCUGGCCGUCGCGUCGGAGGCGACGGUGAGCACGUUGCAGGAGCGAGCACUGCACAGGGAGCACCGUCCUCUUGCUGAGAUGAUCUUCGUGACUAACGGGAUCGGUGCGGUCUUCCUUGCCGUCAUCGCCUUCUUCCUGGGGGAGCUGAAGCUCUUCGAGGAGCGAAUAGAGUCGAAUCCCGACGCGCUGCUCUGGCUGCUCGCAACAGUCUCUCUGGCCUACGGAGGAAGCUACGCCUUCACUGCAUGUAUCAAGGGCUUCGGUGCCGUUAUGGCGACCGGCAUGGGCAUCUGUCGCAAGUUUGUGAGCGUGUUUGCCUCCUACAUCCUCUUCCCCAAGCCCUUCUUCGUCCAGCACGCCGCCGGCCUCGUCGUGUUCUUUGCU